AUGUUGACUCAGAGUUCAAUCAUUGCUUGCAGAAUCUCCAACUCACUUCCUAACACGGAAAGAACCUGCCGGCAAUGUUACUCCGGAAACUACUCCAAACCCAGCUUCAUACCUACCGAGCAAAAUUCAACGACUCCUACGUCUACCAGAUCUUCUACAGUGACUUCCGAGACUGAAAAAUUGCAAGAUAACUCUCAAAUCACCACACGUAGCCAUAUUUACUACGAAACAUACAGAAUCUCUGGCUUUCACCCCGGCGUCUACAAUGCUCCACCGCAGCCAAAAUCUGCCAAGAAACUUCCAAAUGCGGAUCUCGAGACGAAGAAAAUCGUAGCUGAGCACACUUGCCCCAUUACAACAUAUAAACAUGCGUACUACAAAGAGUUCAGCAUUGCCGGUUUUGACCCCAUCCGAACUUCUCCUCCAACACAACUCGAUCCCGCUAAUCAAAUGGCUGAUAAACCAGCUGAGAAACUAGGAAAGGGCCUACGAACAAACCCACGGGCGAACCCACAAGCACUAGUCCUGAAAUCAGCAGAGAAAAAGCUCUUGCUAUUACCACGGCAUAUAUCCCAUUUCUCACAAUCCAGAAGAAGAAGAAAGACUAAGAUUAUUCGGACUUGGAUCAUGAUGUGGAGACAUGUGCUCAAAUUAUCGAAGAGCUAA